AUGCUAUCAGCCGCAGUUACGGAGCUGCAGAUGGAGGUGACCUGCAAGGAAGAGCAGGUCAGGGUGAUUAGGGCAGUGCUGGAGACGCAGUCGCCCAGCGAGCUGCCCGGCCAGCUGGCGGCAGCGCAGCAGGACGGGGCUGAGCUGCGCGCAUCGCUUGCUCGGCAGCAGAUCCAGCAGGAGGAUGCGGCACGCAUCGCCGCGCAGCAGCUGGCUCAGCUGGCGGCGGCGCUGGCAGAGGCCAACGCGCGGCUCAAGGCGGCGGGCGCACGGCCCGUCCCAGCGCCGCGCGGCUGCGUCGCAGCGGCGGGGCCGGCGUGCGAUGUGGCGGCAGACCAGCAGCUGCUGUCCCCAGCGCCCCUGCGCGAGCGCGGCAGCCCGGACCCUUCGGAGGGCCCACCCACGCCGCUCUCACCCGGCCAGUCGCCCAUGCUGCUGCGCCAGGCACGUGGCAGCGGCGGUGGGAGCAGCGGCGGCAGCGGCGGCGGAGGUGGGGUGGCGGUGCGUUCAAGCUGGAGCUGCUCUCCGAGCGCGGCGCGCCUGGCGCCGGUGCGCUGCUGCUCGCCUAUCGGCUGCGACAAGCGCCUCGGCGGCAAGGAGAUGGAUGAGGAAGACGCGCCAUGCAGCCCCCGCAGCGACCUCAGCGGACCGACCUUCGGCGGCGUGGGCGGCUGCGGCGACGAGCCCGGCACGAGCGGCUUUGGCUUCGCCGCGUGCGGGCGCUGCAGCAGCCCCGGCGCGGUCGUGGCCGGGGCCCGCGCGCGUGCGAGCGCCGCGUUCUCUGGCAGGCUGGCGCGCGAUAACCCGCUCUUCCGGUGCUCUAUGGAAUCGAGGCGCUUGGGGCGCAGCACCACGGGCGGCGGGUACGCGGGCUGCUCGGCGGUCUCUCUGUCGUCGCUGGACGCCGGCAGCAUGCUGCGGGCCAGCAUGGCGAGCCUGGACGACCUCAGAGGGUCAAUAGCGGGCGGCGGCGCGGCGGCGUUCGGCUUGGCAAAGGCGCAGCUGGAGAUCCAGCUGGCCCAGGCGCAGCAGCGGGUCGGCUCUAUGCAGUCGUCGGCCGGGACCGCGGGCCACCAGGCGGCCGGCGCCCAGGCGCGGCUCCGGGCCGGCGUGCGGUGCCUCGAGAGCCUGCACUCCCUUCUUAAGGGAGCGCUGGAGCAGGCGGGCAGCAGCGGCUUGGUAGACAAGCAGGCGCUGCGCGCGCGGCUUUCUGCUGCAGUGGAGGACUUGGCUCGCAUGGCCAAGUUUCAGCGGGAGAUGGGCGGCUGCCUUGACAUGCUGCGCCUGUUGCUGCAGAAGAUGGCCAGCGGGACACUGGACGCAGACGGUGAGGACUCCAACGCUGAGGCUGACGCGGCGGCGAGCCAGUGA